AUGAUUGAGCCAGUGGGAAAUCAAUAUGUGGUAUCCCGACCUAUAUAUUCUGAAGAAUUCUUCCAGACAGAGCAUCAAAAGGUGCAAAGAUAUCAUAAAACGUUUUUGGAUCAUCUCCGAGUUUUCUUUGGAUGUUCUCCAGAGAAGGCCAAGAGAAUUGCAUUUACUUUUUUUCCUAUAGCUUCAUGGCUUCCUAUGUAUCAAUUCAAACAGUGGAUACUGAGUGAUAUUGUAUCUGGGGUCAGCACUGGACUUGUGGCAGUUCUACAGGGACUGGCUUUUGCUCUGCUAGUUAAUAUUUCUCCCGGUUAUGGUCUAUAUGCAGCUUUUUUUCCAGUUAUCAUCUACUUUUUCUUUGGUACAUCUAAACAUAUAUCAGUAGGUCCGUUUCCUGUAUUGAGCUUGAUGGUCGGUACAGCAGUACUCAGGUUAGCCCCUGAUAGCCUGAUUGCUGGAAACAACAGCACAGAGGCAGUCGAAUGGCUGGAUGAGAAGAGAGUGGUUGUCGCUGCAUCAGUGACCGUCCUCGCCGGAAUAUUCCAGUUGGCUAUGGGUCUCCUACAAAUUGGAUUUGUAGUAAUAUAUUUAUCUGAUGCCCUGAUAAGUGGAUUUACAACUGCAGCUGCCAUUCAUGUUCUGGUGUCACAGCUAAAGUUUGUAUUUGGACUUAAAGUGGAACCAUUUAGUGGACCCUUGUCCCUGUUCUAUACCCUGGAAGGUAUCUUCACUCAGAUUACCGACACUAAUAUUUGUGACCUUGUUACAUCUAUCAUCAUAAUGGUUGUAGUGUUUGCAGUAAAAGAGCUCAAUGAUCGUUUCAAAUCAAAACUGCCAGUACCAAUUCCUAUCGAAGUUAUAAUGACAGUAAUAGCAACUGGAGUAUCCUAUGCAUUUAAUUUCAAAGACAGAUAUUCUGUAGAUAUUGUUGGACAAUUAGAAAAAGGAUUUCAAGCACCUACGGCACCAAAUGUCUCGGUAUUUCAAGACGCUAUAGCUGAUGGAUUUUCUAUUGGGAUAGUUGGAUUUGCUGUUGCUUUUUCUGUUGCUAAGGUUUAUUCGAUCAAGCAUGACUAUACAAUAAACGGUAACCAGGAACUGGUGGCAUUUGGGUUAAGUAACAUAUUUGCCGGAAGUUUUAGAGGAUUUGCUGCAAGCACAUCCUUAUCCAGAUCAGCUGUACAGGAGAGCACUGGCGGCAAAACACAGAUUGCUGGUCUCAUAUCAGCUAUAAUCGUUAUGAUUGUCACUUUAGCUAUAGGAUUUCUGCUUGAGCCAUUACAAAAGUCUGUGCUGGGAGCCUUAGUGGUGAUCAAUUUAAAAGGAAUGCUUAUGCAGUUUAAUGAAAUUCCAAAUUUAUUCAGGAAAGAUAAAUACGACUGUUUAGUAUGGAUUGUAACCUUUAUUGCUGCUGUACUACUGGGACUCGACCUUGGACUAGCAGCCGGCGUUGGGUUUGAGCUGCUGACUGUUGUAUUUCGUACACAGUUUCCAAAAUGUUCUCAGGUGGCCAACAUUGGAGGAAGCAAUAUCUACAAGAACAGAAAAGAUUACAGAAAUAUAUAUGAGUAUGAGGGAGUUAAGAUAUUCAGAUGUCCUUCCCCAAUAUUUUUUGCCAAUAUUGAUUUCUUUAAGGAUAAACUUAUUGCUGCGGUGGGUUUUAAUCCCUUGAGGGUACUACGAAAGCGUAACAAAGCCUUGAGGAAGAUACAGAAGUUGUUGGCUAAAGGAAACCUUCAAAUGACACCUAAAGGUUUGAUCUGUACUUCAUAUGACUACAAAGAUUCUGAUGAUGAAGAACUAGACAAUAACAGAAUAGAAGAACUGGACCAGCCAACAAGUGCAGUUGGUCUUCCUAUUGUAAUAGACUGGAAUGGAAAUCUCCCGAAUAAUAUCACAGUUCCCAAAGUGGAUAUCUACAGUUUAAUCAUAGAUUUUGGAGCUGUGUCAUUUCUCGAUAUAUCGGCGAUGAAAGGAUUAAAAUCGAUUUUAAAGGAGUUUAUCAGAAUUGAAGUGGACAUAUAUAUUGCUGGUAUAGAUGAUAAUCUUUUGGAAAAACUCGAGCGAUGUGGAUUUUUUGAUGAGGAAAUUACAAGAGAUAUUCUUUUUCUAACUAUUCACGAUGCAGUAUUACAUGUAAUAGUUAAAAGGGAAAUGAACAGUAAUGCAAAAUCAAAAUCUGAAAUGAUUAAGGACAAAGAAACUAGAUUCGAUUCAAAUGAAAAUAAAAAUGGAACCCUCCGAAACAGAGACACUGCUGAGGACAUUGACCAAUUUUGCUCCCAACUGGACAUUUCAACGCCUACACUGCCGAAAUUAAAUGACAGAGUGGAAAAGAAUGGAGAUUCUCAAGAUGGCAUAUCAAAAUCGCCUAAUUCCGGCUGGAAUAAGGUUUCUAAGCAGAGAAAGACCAAGAACCAAGCUGCAAGACCCAUACCUUCUUCAGAAGAGAGUGACCCUACAUGA